GCGAUAGUUUGAAACACAUGGCCGCUUCAGUGUGUUUACAACUUCUCGUUAUGAGCUAGUGAGCAGAAACAAAGUUCCACAGCAGGACAUUGGCAAGUUUUCGUGGGCUCGUUGUUUUCUCCUUCCUCGCGUGAAGCUCUAGAAGCAUCGAGGAGGAGACUGCUUAAAGCCAAACUGCAAUCAAAACAAGCGGCCAGGCAAACCAUAACGCAGGUGGGUGGGUGCUGUGAUGUCCUCAAACCCCAACAGACUCAACCAUCCGCACUGCAGGAAGAAGCACUAUCCUAGUAGCACUUACCUCACCCACGUCUGACAGCCAACCACUGGACACAGGUCACUUGAACACUAAGUGGAGAAUUUGAUUGAGGAGAUUAAGCAAGCAAAGUUAUGUCUGAUUCAGCUGGAGGUGGUGAAAGUGGAGGUGUGACAGGUAUAGGGCAGGACGCUGAAGCAGAUAGCGAACCCCCUCAACAGGUCCCACCCAUACUUCCUGAAUCAGAUUGUGUAGAAGUAGGGGAGACCACAGAAGAAGGGGCCCCACCGUCUGCCAAGCGGUCCAGAAUGAGUGAAGAGGACCAGGUGCUGGUUGAGGAGCCUGUAAAAAUCCAGGAAGAAAUGCCAGCACAGGCUGCAGACUUGUUACAGGAAAACCCCACCCCAUCUCCACAAAGAACAUGGCCUCUUCAGUGUGAGGAGGAAAAUCAAGGAGGUGAAGAAUUAAGUGUCCUUGAUAAAGGUGUAGCUGAAUGCCAUCAGAAUGGAGAUGGAGGUCAUGAUGUCCCUGAUAAAGAAGCGUUGAAACCAGAGGAUGAGCACAACGGUGACAGAUCUGCAGACAGUCCCAGUGUCGGGCAACACCUUAGCUUGGAUUUUACCCAGAACCCCCAGAUGUUGACUGGAUCAUGGACGGAGUACUCCAACUUCCAAGAAAAUUACCUUAAAGGCUGCAAAUGGGCCCCUGAUGGUUCCUGUAUCCUGACCAACAGUGCAGACAAUGUACUGCGUGUGUACAAUCUCCCUCCUGAGAUUUACAGCAACAACUGGGACUUGAUUCCUGAAAUGAAUCCGGUGCUGAGGAUGGCUGAAGGAGACACCAUCUACGAUUACUGCUGGUUCCCAAAGAUGAACUCGUUGGAGCCGGACACAUGCUUUCUUGCCAGCAGUAGCCGUGACAACCCAGUGCACGUGUGGGAUGCGUUUUACGGGGAGGUGCGAGCCAGUUUCCGACCCUACAAUCACCUGGAUGAGCUGACAGCAGCUCACUCGCUCUGCUUUUCGCCGGAUGGAGCGCAGCUCUACUGCGGCUUCGAUAAAACGGUCAGGGUCUUCCACACCGAACGCCCCGGAAGAGACUGCGAGGAGCGGCCAACUGUAGUGAAGAAGCAGGGCCAGAGUGGCAUCAUCUCCUGCUUCGCUUUCAGCCCUUGUCAAUCUGUGUACGCCUGCGGCUCAUACUCCCGCUGCGCCGGCCUCUACUCCUGUCAGGAUGGCACCCUGCUGGCUCUGCUGCCGACCCGCCACCACGGAGGCCUCACCCAUCUGCUCUUCUCCCCUGAUGGUAACUACCUGUACACCGGCGGGCGCAAGGAUCCAGAGAUCCUGUGCUGGGACCUGAGAGACCCGGGAAAAGUAGUAUUUUCUCUAACGAGGAAUGUGGCCACUAACCAGCGCAUCUACUUCGACCUGGACCAGUCAGGCAGAUACCUGCUGAGUGGCAACACAGAGGGAGUGGUAUCAGUUUGGGAUACUCAAACAGCUCCUCCUGAUGGGAACGAAGAACUCCUACAACCUCAGCUGAAGUUCAAGGCCCACUGGGACUGCACCAAUGGCAUCAGCAUUCAUCCCUUCAUGCCGCUGCUGGCGACAUCCAGCGGCCAGCGGCAGUUCCCGUGGCCCGGCGACAGCGAGGGUGACUCGGCCUCUGACACAGAGGGAGGCGGAGCUGUGAUGUCACAGCAGGAGAACCAGCAAGACAACGCCCUGACUCUGUGGUGGGCCGGACCGCUCGGCCCUCCAGCCGAGGAGAACCAAAACCAGAAGGCAGCUGUGCCAGAGGCCUGAGACUGUUCGUUCAGCCAGCUCACACAAACUGAGUUACACCUGACAUGCCAUAUCUGUUUUUGGGGGGACGUUUGCAUUAACUUAAUUAUUGUCUUAUUGUCUUUGCCAUCAGACACAUGAUGGGAAAAACAUUACUGGAUCAUUUGUAAACAGUCUGUUUACAGUUUUUAGAUUUGACUUUGAUAUCACCUGUCCCAGACGCAAUGCUCUGAAUUCCAGCAUUAACAUGUGGAAGCCUUCCACGCAGGCUCGGUACAUAACAGACCUUCAGGGCUGAAGUCCUUACUCGGGUUGUGAUAAGAGGCUGGUAAGAAGUGGAUUAGAAACCAGUACUUACAAUUUUAGUUGUGUAAUUGGCGAGUAUUUGUUUUUAGAACCCAGUCUAGAUUUAAUGAAGUGUUACAAAUCUCUUGUUUACCUUUUAUUUUAUUUCAGUAAUCCAUUUCCAGCCUUUGACUGUAUUGUGAAGCAGCUUAGUGUCCAUCCACUGAUCUGAGUUGUAACUGGGGGAGUGUUUGUUUGUGUGUGUUUGGCUGUAAUGCUGCCCUGGAGAUUUCUCUCUGCUAUAGUAACUGUAAGUGCCAUUUGUGUCUUGAGCUUUGCUUUUGUAAACCGAGCAAUCUCCUGUUUUUACCUUUUGUCUUUAAAUGUAACUGAUGCACCAAGUUGCGUCGCUCUGUGCGAGACCACAAAUGUAUAUUUUUGUAAAGCCAUGAUGAUUCUUUGAAUGUACUCUCUAUAAGCAGCUAGCUUAACGUCGUUCCAGUUGGUAAAAGUCUUUCAUUUUUGGGUGUACCUGGUGAACGAGUUUCUGUUUUGGUUUUGUUUUGUCUUUUCUACCAGUUGUGGUCGGAUUACAUUUGUACUUGGGUGUAAAUAGUGAUGCAGCAGCACAAAACACAUCAUGUCUAAGGAUCUGCUUUAGGACUGCAAUGAUUCUCUUAAUGCUUUUGUUGCCAAUGGUGGGCGUUUGCUUUGCUGUAGAGCAUCUUUGCAGGUUUUGUUAGAGGCUUUCCACGCUCCAGUGCAAGCCCUUGUAUCUUUAGACAGAGAAAUGAAUCAGUUUACACUUCUUGGAACACAAAUCUGUUGCCAAGCAAUAGUAGCUAUAAUUUUAUGAUCUAUUAUUACACGAUACAACACAUAUUUCUGGCUUGUUGAGAAGCAUUAGGACCCUUCAGGCCUUGAAGAUGCCAAAUAAGUCUCUAGAUAAAUGUCUGUCCAUAACGGAGGUGGUGGCUGGUUCGAAUUAAAAUCAUAUCUCAACAAAUUCAUGGAUAUUUUCUUUUUGUAUCUUCUGUUAAAGGUACUUUAGAGUUCCUUGAUGAAUGCAAGAUGAUGUUACUACUGAGUCAAGAGGCAGCUCUUAAAGCCUAAAGGGACUUUGGCUUAUGAGGUGGAAACUAUUCAUAGGUUUCACCUUUCCCCACACAUAUUCUGUUUGAAAGCACACUCAUGUAUUUGAUUGUCUGACACCACAGGGACACGUCGAGCAGAGAGCCAAGUUGGAGAGCUGCGCUGUUGUGUUGUGCGGGUUGCUUAGCAACCAUCUUCGCCUUGGGAAAGGAAAGUAGGUAGAGAGACGACAAGACUGAAAAUUGGGGGCACACAAAAAGAGAAAAAUGCCAAGCAAGUGUAAUAAAUAAUCCAGUGGUGUAAUGAUUGCUGCUGCCUUUCUUUGAUGUUCUGGACUGACACUACCGGAGAAUAAAGUGUGUGUGCAUGUAAUGUAAUGGUACUUAUCACUUCUGGGUGUCUAUUAGCAGCAUAAAGCAGUAAUGAUGUGAAGAUCCAGAAGGUUGAAUCAGUUCAGUCCAUAAAUAAAAAGUAAAAUAGAUGCAUGAAAGAUGUUCAACAUGUCUGAGUAAAGAGGUGGAAUAUGCUCAGAAUAAUGAAUUAAUGAAGUCACAUUUUAAAAAGCUGCUUUGGAUAAAUGUUUUCUGUACAGUGUGAAAAGGGCAUCACGCAGACCUAUUUUAUCUCAGUCAGCCUUUUUUUUUUUUUUAACUUUCAAAAUAAAUUUUAUUACUGA